GCACUGAGGAUCAUAUAAAACCAGCUCCUGCAGUUUGCAGUCACUGUCAGAAGGUUCUGGACUUUGUGGUUGGGUCAGGGUCUCAGCAUAAGCAGCAGAAUGAGGAUGUUGUGGAUUUCUCUCCUGCUGGUUGGUAGCGUCUCCUGUGCUCCUCAACAAGGAGCCAGUGGAGGUGGACCACCCAUGUGGAUGUAUGCAGCUUUACAAGCUCAGUCCUCACCAGCCUAUGAGAAACCAGUAGGACAGGCUAGUGGCUAUGUGGGCUAUAGCGGCUAUCCUGAUGAAUCCAGUGGUCCUGUGGGUUAUGGCAGCAGUCCAGCACUUUACUACAGCAGCAACACCAACACUGUUGGCGAUAGGAGUGGCUCUCCAUAUCUGGUCCAGCAGGUCGUCCCUCGGACUGUUCAGCAUGAAGCUCCAGGCAGCAGCAGCGUCCCUUACCAGCAGAUGGAGGAGAGCUGGAGCUCUUCCUCUGAUACCAGCGGUGAGGACGAGCCAGUCUUCACUCCUGUAGAGGACGAGGAUCAGGUGUACGCAUUAAAGUCUCGCUCCAACUACAACCGCAAGCGCCUGCUGUUCAGCCAGUUCCGCUACACCCCAACACAACUCUACAUUGGUGAACCCCAUCACCAUCACCACCACCACCACAGCAAGGGGCACCAUCACAAGGAUCAAGUCAAAGGAUACUAAGAUGUUUGAGGCUCUUCUACUCUAGCUUAUUGUCUUUCUACUACGUUUCUAUUUUCAGAUUUUACAAUAAACUUGCUUGUAGCUUAA